GAUGGUCCCCACAAUGCUUUGCGGCAGGCGGACGUGGGCCCGCUGCCGAUGCCGCGGCUCCGGUGAGGCAGGGAGUUCGAAACGGUCUCCUACGCCUCGCGGAGCAGUUGCCUAGCAACCGACCCAGGCCCGGCUGACCCCCCGGCCGUGCGGAGGCCGCUCAGGUGGGAACUGGGGCCGGGAUGGGAUGGGAUGGGGCGGGGCGCCCCUCCCCCCGUGGGCCUCGGGUGCAGGUGCGGGGCAGGAAUAGGGGCAGCGAUGGGCUUCCCCGGCUGCAGGUUUUCAUUAACUCUGUUGGCAAUGUCUAUGAUCUUAUCUGCCUCAGUGGUCCGUGUUAGAGAUGGGCUCCCACUAUCUGCCUCUACAGAUUAUGAGCAAAGCAUGGGAAUGCAGCAGUGUAGAAAAUAUUUUAAAACACUCUCAAAGAAGCUUGCUCAGCUUCCUGAUAGAUGUAUGCUGAAAGCUGGCCAGUAUAAUAUAAGUUUUAUUAGCUCUCUGGGAGUGAGCUACAUGAUGCUGUGCACUGAAAAUUACCCCAGUGUUCUGGCUUUCUGUUUCCUGGAUGAGCUUCAGAAAGAGUUCAUCACCACAUACAAUAUGAUGAGGACAAAUACUGCCAUCCGGCCAUACUGUUUCAUAGAGUUUGAUAAUUUUAUUCAAAGGACCAAGCAGAGAUAUAAUAACCCACGGUCUCUGUCGACAAAGAUAAAUCUUGCUGACAUGCAGACAGAAAUCAAGCUGAGACCACCUUAUCAAAUUCCAUGUCCUGAACUUGGUUCAACUAAUGGAUUUGCACACUUAACUGCUGGAGAGUUUAAGGGUACUGAUAAGAUAUCUACUGCUCCUCAUCAACGACUGGAAGCCGUUACUCUGCCAGGGAUUGUUUCAUUUAUACUGAGCCUGUUAUGUGGGGCCUUGAAUUUAAUUAGAGGGUUUCAUGCCAUAGAAAGUCUUCUGCAGAACGAGGGUGAAGAUUUCAGUUAUGUCAUUGCAUUUUUCCUUGGAACAGCAGCGUGCUUGUAUCAGUGUUAUUUAUUUUUAUAUUGCACAAGCUGGCGGAAUGUCAAAUCUUUCCUGACUUUUGGUUUAAUUUGCCUGUGUAACAUGUAUCUGUAUGAACUGCGCAAUCUCUGGCAGCUCUUCUUCCACGUGACAGUGGGAGCAUUUUCAGCAUUACAAAUACGACUAAGACAACCACAAGGGAAGUCCCCUGAUUACAAUGUCUGACCCAAGUCUGGGAUGUCCCAAGGCAGUCUUGGUCCACCCAUGGUUCCCUCUCAGGAAUGAAAAGCUUUUCUCCAAAAGAAGAAGUUGUGUGGUGUGUUUUUUUUUUUUUUUUUUUUUUAAGAUCAACACAAGAUGCCUGUGGAUGUUUGUGACUUGAGAAUUUAGACUUAUCCUCAUUGAAGACUGAAGACACAAAGAAUACAGGAUUAGUAGAGGAAAGUGGGUCCUUUUCCAUGCAGAGAAUUGUCCCUUGAGGACAAAUAAAAGUUUGGAGAACUUGACUGAUAGCAGGAAAAAGCCUUCUUCAGAAGUAUGAUAUUGGCAAAGUUGUAUGUGUGUGUAUAUAGGGCAUAUUCCGCAUAUCAAGUGAGCGUUCCAAUUCCAAAAUCAGUUUUGCCUUUGUGAGGCAGUAGUAUAGGCUGAAUACAAAGAUGCUAUUGCAUAUUAGCAGACUAGAUUGGAAUGAGUGAGUUACUAAAUGUGAGAAUAUUGGAUUGCACAUUAAAUUUAAUGGGAUGUGUGUAUGUGUUUUCUUAAUUAAAGCCUAACCUGGAAACCAUCUGUUUAUGGGGAUUAGCUCCUUGGUCCCAGUGGCCUUCCAUCUAGUCCUGAGUUAACUAUAAAUCUUGGUAAAUAUUUUUCUCUGUAUAAUUUGCUUUUAAUGAUCUUUUGAAAGUGGCCUUUAUGGACAAGUUUUAUUUAAGUAAAUAACCUAAAAUUCUG